AUGUCAUCAGCAUCAUCUGUUCCAUCUACUCCUGCAUCAAUAAGAUCAUACAAUUCAGUAUUGGAUUUCCAAUCUAAUAGAUGGAUAAUCCAAAAAUUCGGUGGUACUUCUGUUGGUAAAUUCCCCGAGAAAAUUGUUGAUAAAAUCAUUAAAGAAUAUUCAAAGACAACUAGAUUAGCAGUAGUAUGUUCUGCUAUAUCAUCUAAUACAAAAAGUGAAGGAACAACUUCUAGAUUAUUACGAGCUGCUGAAUUAGCUUCAAGUAAUGAAGAUUAUGCCAAUAUCCUUCAAUUGAUUGAACAAGAUCAUAUUAAAAUGAUUGAUUUAAAAAUCCAAUCAUCUGAAAUAAAACAAAAACUUGUAAAUGAUAUGAAAUAUGAAAUUAAACAUGCUGGUGAACUUUUACAUGCUUGUCAAAUUAUUGGAGAAAUUAGUCCAAGAUCAUUAGAUACAAUCAUGUCAGUUGGAGAAAAAUUAUCAUGUUUAUUUAUGGCAGCAUUAAUGAAAGAUCAAGGAUUAAAUUCAAUCUAUUUAGAUUUAUCUCAUCUUAUCCCAUUAGAUUAUAAUUUUAAAAAUGGAUUUGAUGAAACUUUUUAUAAAUUCUUAUCAAAUGAACUUGGGAAAAAAAUCUCGGCUUUAGAUUCCGAUGUAAUUCCAGUUCUUACUGGAUAUUUUGGUAUAGUCCCAGGUGGAUUACUUAAUGGUAUUGGAAGAGGUUAUACUGAUCUUUGCGCUGCUUUGGCAGCAGUAGGUAUUCAAGCUGAUGAACUUCAAAUUUGGAAAGAAGUUGAUGGAAUCUUUACUGCCGAUCCAAGAAAAGUUCCAAAUGCAAGAUUAUUAGAUAGUGUUACUCCUGAAGAAGCUGCAGAAUUGACUUAUUAUGGAAGUGAAGUUAUUCAUCCAUUUACAAUGGAACAAGUUAUUAAAGCUAAAAUUCCAAUUAGAAUAAAAAAUGUUGAUAAUCCAACUGGUAAAGGAACGAUUAUUUAUCCUGACAAUUUGGGUAGACGUGGUGAAGCUACUCCACCGCAUCCACCAGUAGCUUUUGAAACUUUAUCAAGUUCUUAUAUUAUAAGUCAUAAAAAGAAAUCAGCUACUGCAAUUACCGCAAAACAAGAUAUUGUUGUAAUAAAUAUUCAUUCCAAUAAAAAAGCCCUUAGUCAUGGUUUCUUAGCUCAUAUUUUCACCACCCUUGAUAAUUACAAACUUGUGGUUGAUCUUAUUUCUACUUCAGAAGUUCAUGUUUCAAUGGCACUUUCCAUCCAAUCAGAACAAGAAUAUCAACUUAAAAAUGCAUUGACUGAAUUAAGAAAAAUGGGUAGUGUUGAUAUUACUAGAAAAAUGACCAUUAUUUCUUUAGUUGGUAAACAAAUGGUAAAUUUCAUUGGAAUUGCAGGAAAUAUGUUCAAAAUCCUUGCUGAUGAAAAGAUAAAUAUUGAAAUGAUUAGUCAGGGUGCAAAUGAAAUUAAUAUAUCCGCAGUUAUUAAUGAAAAGGAUACAUUAAGGGCAUUGAGAAGUAUUCAUGCAAAAUUGUUAGAAGGAAAUUAUGAAGAAGAAGGAGCUAUAGACGUUAGAUUGGAAUUAUUGAGAAUGGGAGCAUAA